CUCCAUCAUUCACUACUACAUGACAGAAAGCACCAAAGGACCUCACACUUCUUCUCUCCUCGACCUGAUGCUGAACCCCGAGCGGACAGACAGACAGAAAAAUCAUUCAUAUUAAAUGUGAAGGCCUGCUUACAAGUCAACACAGAGACAACAAUGAAAUUUUAAAGGUGGAGACCUCAAACAACAACAACAAUCUGGACUGGGAAUCAACUGCAGUGAUGAUGAUGAUGAUGAUGAUGAUUUUCAAAAUGUUAAUGACUGUGAUGAUGACCACUGCAGCAGCCUCAGCGCCAGACUUUGAGAUGGACAUUAAACCCGGAGUGGAGACCAGCUUGACCAUACGAACUCAGCGCAUCUGCGACCAGCUGAGCUUCGGGGUCACGCAGAUUCCCUCCAACAUCUCGAGCGACACCCGAUGCCUGAAAGUGAAGCAGACGCAGAUCAGAGUGAUUCCUGAGGGAGCCUUCAACAGCCUGCAGCACCUCAGGAAACUCAUCGUAUCGGAGAACGACAUGCUACAGAGCAUCAGCACGUUUGCCUUCGCUGGCCUCCCUCAGCUCACCACAAUCUUCAUCUCUGAGAAUGCUGCCUUAGAGAAUAUAGAAGCUUUUGCUUUCUCUGAUCUUCCUGAACUUGUUGAAAUAAUUAUAACAAAGUCAAAACAUCUGAGGUACAUCCACCCAGAUGCAUUCAAGACCAUUGUGAAACUAAAGUAUCUGACCAUCUCCAACACCGGACUGAGAAUUUUCCCAGACUUCACCAAGAUCCACUCGACAGCCCAUGACUUUCUGCUUGACCUGCAUGAGAACAGCCACAUAGAGAGAGUCCCCGCCAAUGCUUUCAGAGGCCUCUGCUCUCAAACCAUCACAGAGAUACGGCUCACCAGAAAUGGCAUCAAGGAGGUGGCAAGUGACGCCUUCAACGGCACAAAGAUGCACAGAUUGUUCCUAGGAGGCAACCAGCAGCUUACUCACAUCAAUCCCAACGCCUUUGUGGGUUCCAGUGAGUUGGUGGUACUAGACAUUUCCCACACAGCCCUCAGCUCCCUGCCGGACUACAUCCUUGGUGGUCUGCAGAAGCUGAUCGCAAAGUCCGCCUUCCAUCUGAAGGAACUUCCUCCACUGCAGCUCUUCUCCAAACUCCACCAAGCCAACCUGACGUACCCAUCACACUGCUGUGCCUUCCAAAACAUCCACAGGAACAGAUCAAGAUGGAGCUCCCUGUGCUCCCACCCAAAGGCUCCAGAUAACCUGCACUUCUACAGGGACCACUGCUCCAACUCUACCUCCAUCACUUGUACUCCAACCCAAGACGAUUUCAACCCCUGUGAGGACAUCAUGUCCCCUGUGCCCCUACGGGUCCUCAUCUGGAUUGUCUCCAUCCUCGCACUGCUGGGGAACGCAGCGGUUCUUCUGGUCCUGUUAGGCAGCCGCUCCAAACUGACCGUCCCCCGUUUCCUCAUGUGCCACUUGGCCUUUUCUGACCUCUGCAUGGGCAUCUACCUAGUAGUCAUAGCAACUGUAGACAUGCUCACUCGUGGUCGGUACUACAACCACGCCAUAGACUGGCAGACGGGCCUGGGCUGCAGCGCUGCAGGCUUCUUCACGGUGUUUGCCAGUGAACUGUCAGUGUUCACACUAACAGCAAUCACCCUGGAGCGCUGGCACACCAUCACACAUGCUCUGCGGCUCGACCGUAAGCUUCGUCUGCGACAUGCGUGUAUUGUCAUGACAGCAGGGUGGAUUUUCUCCUCCCUUUCUGCUUUGUUACCCACACUUGGGGUCAGCAGCUACAGCAAGGUGAGUAUCUGUCUUCCCAUGGACGUGGAGUCUCUGGUGUCUCAGGUCUAUGUGGUCUCUCUACUCCUCCUCAACAUCCUGGCCUUCUUCUGCGUGUGCUGCUGUUACCUCAGCAUCUACCUCACCGUCCGCAACCCCUCGUCAGCGCCGGCCCACGCCGACACCCGCGUGGCCCAACGCAUGGCCGUCCUCAUCUUUACCGACUUCCUGUGCAUGGCUCCCAUAUCCUUCUUUGCCAUCUCAGCCGCCCUCAAGCGUCCUCUCAUCACCAUCUCAGAUGCCAAACUCCUGCUGGUCCUCUUCUACCCGAUCAACUCCUGCUCCAACCCCUUCCUGUAUGCCUUUUUCACCCGCACCUUCAGGCGAGAUUUCUUUCUCCUUGCAGCUCGCUUUGGCCUGUUUAAGACCCGAGCACAGAUUUACCGGACAGAGAGUUCCUCAUGUCAGCAGCCGGCAUGGACCUCUCCUAAGGGCAGCCAUGUGAUGCUGUACUCCUUGGCCAAUACGCUGAGUGUCGAUGGGAAACAUGAGUACUGACUGUCAUUUAAAAAGAGAUGAAGACGUUUUACCGGAUUGUGAUCAGGAGGUCUCCUCACAGAAGUCCUCUUAUGUCUAUGGGGAUGGCCAGAAUCUAAUUCAUGAACAUCUCGUAAUGUUGUAAGAAACUUUGGUGCACUGAGAGAUGUACUCUGUAGAAACAGUGUCAUAGAAAUUCAAGUAAAUAUGGUACAGAACAGCUGAAAAUACUAGAUUAAAUAGAUUAAAUAGCUGUCCUGGAUAACUCCUUGUGUUUGUUUUACGUUUAUUGGAAUACCGGAUGGGUGGAGUUUACUGCGUCAUAACAACAGAGUUCAAAUGUGAA